UCUUCCGGUGUCAUGGCGUCAAUUGCAAGGCCAAGGCCAAAAAGGGAGUACUAGAUGUUUGCUAGACAACUGUUUUUUGCUUCUGUUCUCCGUGGACUGCUUAGAGAAAACCUGGGUGACCUCCAAAUUACGCAAUGGAGGUGGUGACCUUUGAGGAUGUGGUUGUGAACUUCAGCAAUGAGGAGUGGACUUUGCUAAGUCCAUCCCAAAAGAACCUCUACAGAGAUGUGAUGGGCGAAACCUUUAGGAACAUGACUGCAAUAGGAGGACUUGGGAAUAUCCAGGAACCUGAAAAAGAAUGCAAAAUUUACUGGAGAUCCUUAAGAAAUGACAAGCUAGGGAAAUCCUAUGGACAUACAUCUUGGAAUCAGUGUAAAGAAUUAUUCCCUUGUACUGCAGAAGGUAAUGUGAAUGUGAAAGAAGCAGAAACACACCACAAUAUUCAGAUCCAUGAAAAAUAUUGCAGUGGAGAGAAAUCCUAUGUAUGUCAGCAAUGUGGAAAACAGUUCACCAAAUCUGGACAUUGUAAGCAACAUGACAUAAUUCACACUGGAGAGAGACCAUAUGUAUGUAAGCAAUGUGGGAAAGCUUUUAACACAAGGGGAUAUUUUAAGAAACAUGAAAGAAUUCACACUGGAGAGAAACCCUAUGUAUGUAAGCAAUGUGGCAAAGCUUUGAACACACAGGCAAGUUGUAAAAUAGACGAAAGAAUUCACACUGGGGAGAAACCCUAUGUAUGUAAGCAAUGUGGGAAAGCUUUUACCCGACAUGGACAUUGUAAGCGACAUGAAAGAAUUCACAUUGGAGAGAAACCCUAUGUAUGUAAGCAAUGUGGGAAAGCUUUUACCCGACAUGGACAUUGUAAGCGACAUGAAAGAAUUCACACUGGAGAGAAACCUUAUGUAUGUAAGCAAUGUGGGAAAGCUUUUAACAGACGGGGAGGUUGUAAGAAUCAUGAAAGAAUUCACACUGGAGAGAAACCCUAUGUAUGUAAGCAGUGUGGAAAAGGUUUUACCAAUUCUGGACAUUGUAUGCAACAUGAAAGAAUUCACACUGGAGAGAGACCAUAUGUAUGUAAGCAAUGUGGGAAAGCUUUUAACACACAUGGACAGUGUAAGGAACAUGAAAGAAUUCACACUGGUGAGAAACCAUAUGUGUGUAAGCAAUGUGGGAAAGCUUUUUCCCGACAUGGACAUUGUAAGCAACAUGAAAGAAUUCACACUGGAGAGAAACCUUAUGUAUGUAAGCAAUGUGGGAAAGCUUUUAACAGACGGGGAGGUUGUAAGAAUCAUGAAAGAAUUCACACUGGAGAGAAACCCUAUGUAUGUAAGCAAUGUGGGAAAGAUUUUAACACACAUGGACAGUGUAAGGCACAUGAAAGAAUUCACACUGGCGAGAAACCAUAUGUAUGUAAGCAAUGUGGGAAAGCUUUUACCCAACAUGGACAUUGUAAGCGACAUGAAAGAAUUCACACUGGAGAGAAACCUUAUGUAUGUAAGCAAUGUGGAAAAGAUUUUAACACACAUGGACAGUGUAAGGAACAUGAAAGAAUUCACACUGGUGAGAAACCAUAUGUAUGUAAGGAAUGUGGGAAAGCUUUUACCCGACAUGGACAUUGUAAGCAACGUGAAAGUUCAUAUUCAAGAUAAAACCAGUGUAUAUAAGCAUCAUGAGAAUUUUUUGACUACAAUUACAUAUUGCAUAAUGCAUGAAAAACUUCACACUGGGCAGGAAACUUAUAUAUCUAAGGAAUGUGGGAAAGGUUUCAGCAGAAAUGCUCAUUGUCCAAUACAUGAAAAAAAUUUACACUGUUGAGAAACCCUGUUUAUGUGAAGAAUGUGGGAAAGCUUUCACCACACAUGGAUUUUGUAAAAUACAUCAAUGACUCCAAACUGGUCGAGAAACCCUAUGCAUAUAACAAUGUGGCAAAGCUUUUACCACAUACAGUCAUUGCAAAACACAUGAAACAAUUCACACUAGGAUUAAUCACUGGCUACGUAAGCAAGUGGAGACACUUUCAGCAUCCAAAUUGUAAGUGAAAUACAUGAAGAAACUCACACAAGAGAUAAAUCCUAUGUGUUAUGGGAAUACUCUCAUCACACAUGAUCAUUGUUACAUAUCUGAAAGAGCUCACUGGAUCCUAUGUGUAUUAACAGUGUGGAACAUAUGGCAAUCCAUGUUUGUUGUUAAAUACAUAGAAAAAGCAGCACUCUUCAGAUAGUUUAGAUAUAAGUUUAUUUUAAAAAUUCCAAGUAGACCUGAAGAAAUAAUCAAUACAGAAGUUUGAUGUCAAUAUUUCUUCAAGAAUUUUCCAGAAAUGACAAAUCUGAAGUGGAGCUCUACUCAAGUACACAUUUUGUAUGGGUUUCAGUUAAUCACUUAUACCUCUUUAGAUUUUUUAACGUGUCUUUGUGCUUCAACAUGGCAUCUUGUAAUUAAACAUGGUGAACUGAAAUGGGCUUUUUACUUUCAAGUAUGGAUAGUGUCUAUGUACUUAACAUUUUGUCUUUAAAACUUAAUUUUCAUAUUUUUGUGAAUUUUUAUUUAAAGAAAAAAACCAAAAAGUGUAGAAAUAAUACAGAAUUUCUGAAAAAUAAACAAUAAGAAAUCACUAGUUGAUUAAUUACAUAUUGUUAUUUUAGAGGUAAUUGUUCAAGUUACAAAAUUAAAGCAUACAAAGUGAUAUUCAAAUAAUGACACUGCGAACAAUUUACCUCAGUGAUCCAAAAAAACUUAUUAAUAUGCUUAUCUGUUCUACAAACUUGUUUUUUAUCUUAAAGAUGGUAAAGUUAAACAUGACAAAACAGAACAGUUCAUAAGGAAACAAGUUAAGGAAACAGGUUUCAAAGCAAGUCCACUGAGAUGUUCAUUUUCUAUCUUAAUGUCUCUAGUUUUCUUCCAAAUAGCUGUUCCCAUCUUGAGAAGCAUUGAAUAUAUACUGAACAUUAUAGAACUAAUCAAAUAAUUAUAGGAUGAUGCAGGCUUUUUUGAACUUCAAGACUGAUGUUGGGGAAGUUGAUAAUGAUUACCAUAAUGUGUCUCAUUCUCUUCAUAGUAGAUGUCUUUAUUUUUAUGUAUGCUGAAACUGAACAUAAGAGACUAAACUAAUAUCACUCUGAACAGUGAAUAAUAGUAUCCUGAGAAGGAGAAAGGUGAGGAAUUGCCUAAAAAAAGAAGGCAGAGGACAUUGUUAAAGUGUAUCAGGAUUUAAAAGCUACAGUAGUUCUGUUGCUCUGUUUAGUUUGAUUAUAUUUUGUUCUGGUCUGUCUACUCACAUUGGAUUUGAGGGCACAGAGAGGUAACCCAAAAAUAGCAGGUUAUACCAUGAUGGUAACUGUCCUUAAUUUCCUAUUAACUAAAACUGAAACCCUAUAUUACUUACAUUGUCUUACUAUGACUGAUCUUAUUGGAAGCAGGUUUGUUUGAAUAUUAUUUGGCCUUGACUGAUUUUAUUCACAUUUGGUAUGCUUGCUGGUAUCAAGUCCAAGAGCAUAGGCCACUACUCUGAAGAUGAUAAUAUGUGAAAGAUAUAUAUUGGGGGGCUGGGGAUUUAGCUCAGUGGCUUAAGCCCCUGCCUGGCAAGUGUUAGGUAAUCAGUUUGAUCCCCAGUACCAAAAAAUAAAUAAAAGAUAUAAAUUCCAGGUUUAAUUUUUUUUACUUAAAGAGAAAAAAAAGAACAUAAAAAACAAAGCAGUAAUAGAGUACAAAUCAUACAGAAUUUCAAGAAAAAAAUACAGUAAGAAAUCACUAGUUAAUAGGUUACAUAUUGUCUUCUUAGAAACAGUUGUCCAAAUUAUAAAA